CUCUGGUGACUUUCAGCUCGCUUCCACUUUGUCUCCAUCUCCCUUACUUUCUGUCGCUAUCGAUUUCUUUCCCACUGCAGCUGUGGACCAGAUAUGUGGAAAGCCAGAAACCAGCAAGCUAGUACCUCAGCAGCAGGAGACUCAAAGUACUUCAGCAGCCGUUCCGACCUUGUGUAUCCUCACAGGCUCAACUUCUACGACGCGCCUCCUCUUUUUGAUGUGACUCUUGAAGAAUUCGAAGGGUGUGCCCUCGAUCGCCUGCGAAUCCUCGCAGAAAUCGAGUCGUCUGCGGCGCGUAACCGGUCAUGGGAGGAGACCAAAACAGUGACCACGUCGCAAUGUCUUAAAUAUCUGCCGCUCAAUGCCACUUCAGCUGAGAAGGUGGACAGGGACUCAGAGAGACGGAAGGAUCAUCUAGGGCACUUUGUUUUGAGGCUUGCGUUCUGCCGAUCGGAAGAGCUUCGACGACGGUUUGUCAAGGCAGAAUCGACACUGUUCAAGAUACGUUACGAAACUGAUGACUCGAAGGAACGGCGAAAUUUUUUGAACUCGCGAGAUUUUCGUUGGAUAGCAGUCGAUGAUUCUGAAAAAGCAAUGUAUAGAGAGCAGCUGAAGGCUGCUUAUCAAGGACUCAAAUCUGAGUCGGAUAGGCAGUCUGCAUUUGCGGCUGAUACCUUUUAUAAGGUAAAAUGGACGCGUGUUCCAGAUUUGAUCGAACGACGGAAGGUAUUUCUAAAGGGCGGUUGGGCGUACGUCCCUGGACGCGAACUGGCCAGUAUCGUGUUCCAAGAAUUCGAAGUACAAUUAAAUAAGGCUUUGAAUAUAACCGCCAAAUCCUUGCCGCGACUGGAUGAAGAUACGCGUCUGGUCCCAAUAUUGAAUAACCUGUCACAGGGAUUCUUGGCUGGUGUUGCAUCAGAUUGGAAUGGAAUGUCAUCUGAGGCGACAGGCGACGGCAUCACAGCCGACAUGAUUGACGAUAUGGCCAAGAAGCAUUUCCCUUUGUGUAUGCGUGUGAUGCACUCGAAUUUGAUGAAAGAUCACCAUCUCAAACACUUUGGUCGACUUAAUUAUGGGCUCUUCUUGAAGGCUCUUGGAGUCACCAUUGAAGAAGCUAUCAUUUUCUGGAGAAAAUCAUUUUUGGGGGGGAAGGUCACGGAGGACAGAUUUAACAAGGAAUACAAGUAUAACAUCCGGCAUUCGUAUGGCUUGGAGGGUAAACGAGCCAAUUAUCCUGCCAAAAACUGCAUGCAAUUGCUGCAAGGGAACGAUGAAUACGGCUGUCCGUAUCGGUACUUUGCGCCCGAUAACCUACAAACCACUCUUCUGGCGGCAUAUGCGCCCCUGGGCCUGAAAUCGACAGAUCUCCCGGAGAUCAUGCAUACCAAGAAGACAGAGCACUUUCACGUAGGAUGCACGCGAGUUUUCGAAAUCACGCACGGACAUUGUGGGAUCAAGAAAGGUGAAGGUGUAGGAGACGGCGAAAGUGUUACUCAUCCAAAUCAAUAUGCUGCGCGAAGCAUAGAACUGGAGAAAUCAAAGGUAGUCAAGUCAGAGGCUAUGGAUGUGGACAGCUAGAUUAAUUACUUACUAUACCUAUGGAUUCCGCGUAUUGUUUUCGCGACAGGUGACAGCCCUCACAGCCUCGUGGAACGGUGUGUUUGUACUUGUCUGUAAUUGAAG